AUGGCGUCUACAAGUUACAGCCAUCACCCUCUGCCCACGCCGCCGCAGCAAGGGCAAUACCGCGACGAAUCUUACCAACAACAAGUUCCCGUUCCUCCACAUCACUACUAUCAACAACAACAGCAGCAACAACAACAACAACAACUAAGGCAGCAGCAACGGCAGCAGCCAGUGAUACCCGUAAAGCCUUCCGAGCCGCAGAAACCAGAGCGGGUCCGACCGAAGUCAAGAGCGUUUAGUUUUCGGUCCGAUAAAUCUCACAGGAGCUCGAACUCUCAUAACAAGAACAACAACAACGCUCAUGAGACAUCAGCCGAGAAGGAAGCCAAUCGACUUCACGGCAAAACUGACCCUACACUAGCUAUGACUGAACUAGAACCAUCUAUGGAAGCGCAAUCCAAAGGGGGUAUUAAUCCGGCCUCCCUGCGCUCCUUCCAACACAAGGAUAUUUAUGGCAACCCAAUUACCGAUCCCGACCGAUCGAAUCCUACUCGAAGCCGAUCGGAACGGCCUCUUGAUACCAUUCGAGCUUUCGAAGCUGCCAUUGAUGGCGCAUACAGCCGCCAAUCAGAUACUGCGUCAGUAGCUAAUUUUAGCAGGCGAGGAAGUUAUUACGGAAGUGAGCAAUAUAUCUCUCCAUCACCCUCACCUAAUUAUGUGUACACCAUCUCACAGAAGACACCAUUAGACAACGGUCCGCGCUUUCCCCAAGAUAGUUACUACGGAGGUCGACCGAAUUCUGGGUUCCGACCAGAAAGUACGAUGUACGAUCCCAGACAGGCCGUAAUUAAUCACCGAGAAAGCUACCACGAAGGAUACGAAAACGCUCCAUACGGUCAUGGUAACCCGGGUCCGAGAAAUAGAUAUUCGAGAAUGCAGUCCGAUCCGUACGCGAACCCCCGUGUGGUUGUCGAUAAGAACGUCUACCCCAUGCCGAACAAUCACCGCUCGUAUGAGACAGUUGCGUCCGGUUCCGGUAGUGGAAGUUUAGCUGAGCCGGCGGGAUAUCAGACUGAUCCCACUAGUAGCGAUAAUAGUUCAAUCGAUCGCCGUUCGCCACCAAAACGACAGGAACCAGUAAACGACUAUGGCAUUAGCUUUGGUCAGGCAACGCAAACCCCAAAUCUGGGGCUCGCACCACCUAAUCCACGUAAAGAGAAUGGAAUAUUAAGGAAGCCAUCAAAAGCUGCGGCACCUAGCGGGCACUCGGAAGAGCGACCACAGUCGGAGAAGCGAAAGAGUUGGUUUAAGCGAUUUGGGAAAUCCUAGGCCUAUUAACGAACGAGUCGAUAUUGCUUCUGCGAUGGAAUUAUUCACACAUAUUAAUGCCUCUUUUAAGAUACCCCUUGUCUCUACGACAUCCGACAUUCCCAUGAAUAAUUUUUUUAUGUUAUAACCCCGAUCGGGGUGCAAUUCUAGAAGAUACAGUUUUGACGAUCAUUGAUGGACCAGAGGUUAUGGAUUGACCCGGAUAUGUGUACCCUAAAUGUUGAGUAGGGUUCGAAGAUGAAGUUCAU